GUCAGGCGCAGCUGGGCCAGAUUCUUGGACCCCGGGCGACCUGAGAUAGAAGCUGCGCCUGCGGAGUGCGCCUGCGCAGCGGCCGCCGCACCAGGUUUUUGAACCAUGAAUCUUUCACUCUUCCUCGCUGCCUUUUGCUUGGGAAUAGCCUCAGCUACUCCAAAACAUGACCAGAACUUAGACACAAAGUGGUACCAGUGGAAGUCAAUGCACAGGAGACUAUAUGGCUCGAAUGAAGAAGGAUGGAGGAGAGCAGUCUGGGAAAAGAACAUGAAAAUGAUUGAAAUGCAUAAUGGGGAAUACAGCCUAGGCAGACAUGGCUUCACCAUGAAAAUGAAUGCCUUUGGGGACAUGACCAAUGAAGAAUUCAGACAGGUGAUGAAUGGCUUUCAGAGUUCAAAGCACAAGAAGGGGAAAAUGUUUCAGGAACUUCUAUUUUUUAAGCCCCCUGCAUCUGUGAAUUGGACAGAAAAAGGCUAUGUGACCCCUGUGAAGAAUCAGGGUCAAUGUGGUUCUUGUUGGGCUUUCAGUGCGACUGGAGCCCUGGAAGGGCAGAUGUUCAAGAAGACUGGCAAACUGAUUUCCCUCAGUGAGCAGAACCUAGUGGACUGCUCUCAUCCUCAAGGCAAUCAGGGCUGCAAUGGUGGCUUAAUGGACUUUGCCUUCCAGUAUGUCAAGGAAAAUAAAGGCUUGGACUCUGAGAAAUCCUAUCCAUAUGAAGGCCAGGAUGGUAAGUGUAAGUACAAUCCUGAAUAUGCUGUGGCAAAUGACACUGGAUUUGUGGACAUCCCUCCGAGGGAGAAGUCCCUGCUGAAGGCAGUGGCCUCUGUGGGGCCCAUUUCUGCAGCUAUGGAUGCAAGCCAUACAUCCUUCCAGUUCUAUGAAUCAGGCAUUUAUUAUGAACCAAAUUGUAGCAGCAAGGACCUGGAUCACGGCAUUCUGAUUGUUGGCUACGGUACUGAUGGAAAUGGCCCAGAUGAUAAAUAUUGGCUUGUGAAGAACAGCUGGGGUACUCAGUGGGGUGCAGAAGGCUUCGUCAAAAUAGCCAGGGACAGAGACAACCACUGUGGACUUGCAACUGCAGCUAGCUACCCCAUAGUAUGAGCUGCUACACGGACAAAUGGAGGACUUACGGGCAGCAUGUCUGGAGGAAUUCUGUCUCAAAGCUGUCCAAGCCCCUCUGUAAGGCAAAACAAAACACUUGAAUCAUUGACGAUCCAAGUUAUUAUGAUUUUGAAUUCUUGUGACAUUUUUACAAGAGUAAAAUGUUAACCACUACUUUUAAACUCCUAUUAUAAAUAGCUUUAUGAUAUUGAAGACUUGUUUAAUUCUAAGACUUGAAUUUUCGUUUUAUAAAAGGAUGUAUAAAGCUUUACCUUAAAUAAAAUUUAGUUCAGUAUAUAAA